UCGGGGACCAACCCUACUAGGCAAUAAACCCGAUCUAAAAAUUUUAAGCCUCCAAGUUGUAGCUUACAGCGAGAUUCGACAUAUUCAGAUUUUUAACAUAUCAGGCAAUCAGCUCAAAAGAUAUGUACAUAAAAAAAUAAUUUUCUAUUAGGCACAUUCCUCGAUUUACCCUCCUACACUGUUUACUCUGCUACUGGUUCCUUUUUCAUUCCAACUCUAUUAAUGUUCUUCGUUUACUUCAAGAUUUAUCAAGCAUUUGCUAAACAUCGAGCGAGACAAAUUUACAGGCAAAAGGUAAUCCGAAGACAUAUCGAAUCGACCAUUCUUCAUGAAAUUAGUCACAUCUUGCCAACUUCUGAUGAAUUUGCAAAAGAUGCAGAUGAAGAUGAUGAUGAUGAAGAGGAAGUUGUGGAUAGACCUCCGUAUUUUGAGGAUGAGGAAUGUGUUUGUAGAAAUCUUAAUGAAAAUGAUACCAGGAGAGCACACUCCACUACAGCAGUUCCAGUCCUUCCUCUACAACACUCCAUAAUCUAUGAAGAAGAAGAGGAUGCUAGUACCGAGGAUUCUCCCGAAAAAAGCGAGAAAUCUGAUAAAAGUGCUGAUUCUUCGAAUAAUGAAGAGCCUGUGAGGAAAGAAAAGGACUGCUCUAAUAUUAAAGAAAGUUCGCCUUCAAAUGCAAUACUUAGCCGUGUCAACGGCCAAACAAAAACUGGUUCUCCCCAAACUCCAAAAGUAACAUUUAAACAUCCAAAUGACAUACCUGAAGAUGAAGAAGAUGCUCCUGUAACCCCUACAACAGCUAAAAGAAAAAUGCUUUUGCAGUCAAAAAAGCAAUGGAAAUCUUUUGGAUACGGCAUGUUUUCUUGGGGAAAUUAG